CGGAAUACGUUACUGUACUGUAUGAGUGGAUUUAUAUGAAUUUUUCUGAGGAUUUAUUUGAGAAAUAUCAUAAUACAGUGGAUUUUUUGAUUAGAUAAAGUUUGUAUUGUUGGGAGCAUAUAUUUAGUCUGCGAGUAAUUUGCUAUUCACAUUAGUAAAAUAUGGAGUAUCUCUAACGGAGAAUACAGCUUAUAUUAUGUAAGGAUGGGGAAAAGUUGACAGCUCAAGUGAAGAAAUAAAGGAUUAUCAUCUAAGAAUUUCAUAAAAAAAGCAAGAUGUCGUCGGUGAAGGUCGUCGUGAGGGUUCGGCCCUUCAACUCACGGGAGAUCGCCGCAAACUCCAAGUGUAUCAUUGAAAUGAACGGAAAAUCCACAACUAUUGAGAACCCAAAAACUUGUGGACCGAAAGACAAACAUGAACAAUUCAAGAACUUCUCCUUCGACUACUCAUACUGGUCUCAUACUGAUGCAAAUGACCCCAAGUUUGCAGACCAGAAAAUGGUGUAUAGUGACAUUGGUAUGGAAAUGUUACAACAUGCAUUCGAUGGCUAUAAUGUGUGUAUCUUCGCCUAUGGACAAACGGGCUCGGGAAAGAGUUAUACCAUGAUGGGUCGGAGUGAUGAAGCCCAGCAGGGGAUCAUACCUCAGCUUUGUGAGGACCUCUUUGAGAAGAUAAAGGUGUCUGAUGCCGACACCAACUACUCUGUAGAGGUGAGCUACUUCGAGAUCUAUUGUGAAAAGGUCAAGGACUUGUUAAACCCGAGUAACAAGGACAAUCUACGUGUUCGUGAACAUCCAUCCCUGGGGCCAUAUGUGGAGGAUCUCUCUAAGCUCGCUGUGCAGUCGUUUGAGGACAUCAACAACCUGAUUGAUGAAGGAAAUAAGGCGAGGACAGUAGCAUCAACCAACAUGAACGCCACCAGUUCCAGAUCCCACGCUGUGUUCACAAUCGUGUUUUCACAGAGGAAAAAGGACGGACAAACAAAACUGACCGGAGAAAAAGUGAGCAAGAUCAGUUUGGUGGAUUUAGCGGGCUCGGAACGGGCGGACUCAACAGGAGCGAAGGGUACCAGACUUAAAGAAGGGGCCAACAUCAACAAGUCCCUGACCACCCUCGGGAAAGUUAUAUCAGCACUUGCGGAAGUUAGUGCGAAGGAUGUAUCAGCUACUAAGAAGAAAAAGAAGACAGACUUCAUCCCCUACAGGGAUUCAGUUUUGACAUGGCUUCUGAGAGAAAAUCUUGGUGGAAAUUCCAAAACCGCCAUGGUUGCAGCUUUAAGUCCGGCAGACAUCAACUACGAUGAAACACUGAGUACACUAAGAUAUGCAGACAGAGCCAAGCAGAUUGUAUGCAAGGCUGUGGUGAAUGAAGAUCCUAAUGCCAAAAUCAUACGCGAACUCAAAGAAGAAGUGACUAAAUUACGCGAUAUACUUUCUCAUGAAGGGAUCUCAAUAGGUGAAGGUUUAACUGGAAUUCCAGUGCCCAUUAAAAGUCGCUCUCGGAAGUCAUCUGUCACAAUUGAGGGAGAGGAUGCGGUCGAGCGGUUACAGGUGUCCGAAAAACUCAUCGCGGAACUCAACCAGUCGUGGGAGGAAAAGCUGAGAAAGACAGAAGAGAUUAAGAAAGAAAGAGAGGCUGUGCUGGCUGAGAUGGGUGUGGCCAUUAAUCAGGAGGGUGGGACCAUUGGCGUAUUUUCUCCAAAGAAAUCACCGCACCUCGUGAACCUGAAUGAGGAUCCGCUGAUGUCCGAGUGUCUCAUUUAUUACAUUAAAGAUGGUAUCACAAAAGUAGGACGGGAGGGAGCCAAAGAACAACCUGACAUCAUCCUGUAUGGAACGUACAUCAAGGAGGAACAUUGCUUGUUUGAGAAUGAAGAUGGCAAGGUCACUAUAAACCCAAUCGAAGAUGCCAUAGUGUACGUGAACGGUGUGAAGCUCUGCGGGCCAACAGAGUUGAAAACUGGGGCUCGUGUAAUCCUGGGGAAAAACCAUGUGUUCCGAUUCAACCAUCCGAUACAAGCCCGUCAGAGCCGGGCCCUAUUGUCAGAUGUGUCAGAUAUUCCGAGUGAGCCAGUGGACUGGACAUACGCCCAGCUUGAGCUGCUUGAGAAGCAGGGUGUGGACUUGAGGAAAGAGAUGGAGUCAAAACUAAUGGCCCUGGAGGAACAGUACAGGAAGGAAAAAGAAGAGGCAGAUCUACUGUUUGAGCAACAGAGAAAGGACUAUGAAACACGAAUCAAGACUCUUCAAGAGGAGGUGGAAAGGCACUCAAUGAUGUCGAGCGUCGUCACCGUGUCCGACCUUAUAUCUGAAGAGGAAGCUAUGAUGCAACAACAAGAGUGUACAUGGAGUGACAGGGACUAUGCUCUGGCGGCCUGGGGCUUCCGCAAGUGGAAAUAUCACAGAUUUACGUCGCUAAGGGAUGAUCUAUGGGGCAAUGCUAUAUUCUUGAAGGAAGCCAACGCCAUUAGCGUGGAAUUGAACAAGAAGGUACAGUUUCAGUUUUUGCUGCUAACAGACACACUCUACUCCCCCCUACCCCCUGACCUUGUACCAGUUGAUGAGAGAGAUCUUCCACGCCCAUUUCCUAGGAAUGUGGUUGCCGUUGAGGUCCAAGACACAAAAAAUGGGGCUACUCACUUCUGGAGUCUGGAGAAACUAAGACAUCGUUUGGAACUCAUGCGGGCUAUCUACAAUGACGAUUUAUCGCCCGAUACUCCGGAAGCGAAGCAGGACUUUAUUUCCUGUCUUUCGGGAUGUGGAAACCAGAACUAUUUCAAUUUUGUCAACCUAAUGCCUUCUAGGUUGGUUCCUAGACAGAGGCUAGAGCUGAUGAGGGAAAUGUACCACAAUGAGGCGGAGCUAUCCCCAUCAUCUCCUGAGCAUCCAAACCUCGACUCUCUUACAGGGACAGAUCCUUUUUAUGACCGGUUUCCAUGGUUUAGGCUGGUAGGAAGGUCGUUUGUAUACCUGAGCAAUCUGUUCUACCCCGUGCCACUUACACACCGUGUGGCCAUUGUGAGCGAGAAAGGCGAAGUGAAAGGAUUCUUGCGGAUCGCUGUACAGGCUAUUCUUUCAGAUAAGGAAGAAGCCCCAGAGUAUGGAACAGGAAUUCGCCAGUCCAGUAAUGCCAAAAUCACCUUCAAUGAUGAAGAGUAUUUCCAAAAGAAGCUAUUGAGCAUUGGUCAGAACUUGAAGAAAACACCAGUUUCCUCGACGGAGAAUCUGCGCAUUGUGGAAGGGGAGGGAACUACACCAGAAAAUACAGACAGAAAUGAGUCUGAUAAUGCUGUCGAGGAGAUGAAAAAGGAGGACAUAGAUACAGAAUUGGCCACAGAGAUUGACGUCAGCGAACUGCCGAACCAUCUGAAAAUUGGCUCCACCUUCCAAUUCCGCGUUACUCUCCUCCAGGCUUCGGGAAUCUCACCUCAAUAUGCGGAUAUCUUUAGCCAGUUCAACUUUCUCCAUCGUCACGAUGAGGCAUUUUCCACAGAGCCACUGAAGAACACCGGCAAAGGCCCGCCUCUAGGCUUCUACCAUGUACAAAAUUUCACAGUGACAAUAACCAAGGCGUUUAUCGACUACAUCAAAAGCCAGCCCUUGGUCUUUGAAGUGUUCGGCCAUUACCAACAGCAUCCUCUACAUGAACAAGCCAAAGACUCAAAACACCAGCCAAUAGCCCGACGACCCUCAAGUAAGAAGUUCCCGAUGUUAAUGCCCAUCUCGAAACCUGUGCCCUCACCCAAGUUUGGUGUUAUCACGCCCCAAGUCACCAGGGAGAAGUUUAAAAGUCCCAGUAAACUCAUUAUUGACACCAGCAAGGCCAGAGGAGAAGAUUCAAGCACAAUCCAUUCACGGUACGACCUUCUGGUAUGCUUUGAAAUCUGCGAGCUGGCGCCAAAUGGGGAAUAUGUGCCCGCAGUGGUAGAUCACAGUGAUGAUAUGCCAUGUUCUGGCACCUUCAUGUUACACCAAGGGAUACAGAGACGUCUAGCGAUCACCAUCACACACGAACAAGGUCCUGAUUUCUUCUGGAAGGACGUCAAGGAGCUUGUUGUUGGUCGUAUCCGGACAACCCCAGAUUUCCGAGACUAUGACACUGAACACACCGUUCUCUCCCUCGGCUUGUUUCCUGCGUGCUACAUCCAGCAACCUUCCGACGAGCGUGUGUUUUUUCGAUUUGAGGCCGCAUGGGAUAGCUCAUUACACAGCUCACCAUUGUUGAACAGGGUGACGGCAUCUGGGGAGAGAAUAUACCUGACACUGUCAGCAUAUCUUGAGGUUGAUAAUAGCCCCACACCUGCGUGUAUAACAAAGGACCUUUGUAUGGUGAUCCACUCUCGUGACACACGUAUUUCCGCUUCCAAUAGUCCUUUCAGAUCUCUGAGAUCGUUUUUCGGAAGUGGGUCGAAAACAUCGGACUGCAAUCGGGUGAGCGGAAUCUACGAAAUGUACCUCCGGCAGAUGUUCGAGACAGGUAGCCCAGGUGUGCAGCGCCGCCAGCGUCGUGUACUGGAUACCUCCUCCACCUAUGUGAGAGGGGAGGAGAAUCUGAACGGCUGGCGUCCACGUGGCGACUCCCUUCUCAUUGACCACCAAUGGGAACUCGAGAAACUUACAAGACUUGAACUGGUUGAAAAGUGCCGACAUGUCUUACUGCUUCGCGAAAAGCUGGCUGAACAAAACAAAACACAAGAGCUGAGCAAAAUGGACAAGGAAGCUACAAACAUGUCCAAGAAGGCCCAAACACAGUUAAGAAAAACGCUGUCACCUGCCGAUAUCAAAGAAAAACUUGAAGAGAGUAUAACAGAAAAAGAAGACGACACAACAGAAAAAGGGAGAUUUUACCUCCUGCGGGAUAACAGUUUCUACAACUUCCAAACUAAUGGAGAACCGGAGAAAGAGCUGGCCGCGAAGUGUUUGAGGUUCAUCUUACAGGGAAAAUUGCCGCCAAAUGUUCCAUCUAGCAUCAAGACGCCAAUGACGGAGUCCGUUACCAGUUCUGUGUCAUCGUCGGACAGUGAGGUGGUCAGUGGUGAAUCCAUGGGCUCAAGCAUGGUCUCCUCAACAUCUGAAAUGUUCAAGUCAACAAUAUCGGAGGCUGCAGUGAAGCCCUCCAAAUCUAGCGAUAACAUCUCCACCUCCAGCGCGGACGGGGUAGGCUCGGCAAACAGUGGGGACCGCAAACUCACCCUGCCAAUCAAGGGCAUCCGACCGGACCAGGAUAAGUGGAUAUUCGCCCCAGAUAUUGAGGAGGUUCGAGUGAGUCCGGUGGUUGCAAGGAAAGGUUACCUGAAUUUCCUUGAUGAGAAGUCGAAUGGCUGGAUUAGAAAAUAUGUGGUUGUGCGUCGCCCGUUUGUGUUCAUUUACAACACUGAGAAAGAUCCGAUGGAGCGGGGAGUGAUAAACCUGACUACGGCACAGAUAGAAUACAGCGAGGAUCAACAGUCUCUCCUUAAGGCGCGGAACACGUUCUCAGUGUUGACGCGUUUCCGAGGUUUCCUUCUCCAGACACCUGACGACAAAGAGUUCCAUGAUUGGCUCUACGCUAUAAACCCUCUACUAGCUGGACAGAUUAGAUCAAAAUUAUCCAGAAGGAAACAGGUUCCAAUUUAAUCAUGAAGUCCUUGACUCUGAAGAUUAAAAGAUCAAAUACAUGAGUGCUUUCCCUUUAUUUUAAAUGAAUUAGACUCUGUCAACUUUGCCAUACAAAACACAGUAGGCGUUCAUCAAGUUGGAGGUUAUAACCCCAAGUUCCUCCAGUUCAUAAAAAUUGUGCUCCGACGAGACUUCUACCAGCCAAUCAUUUGGCUUGUGUCACUAAAUAUUUCAAAAUGUAUUUACAGGAUAUUAUUUUUUGCUUAAGUAUAGUUCAAAGUUGAUAUUGUGAUAUCGAUAUACAUGUAGUCACAUAUUCAUGUUUAUCAUCGUAGAAGUACAUGUAUGAAUAUCUGGUCACUAAACACACAGACCUCAGACCACGUGAAACCAUAGUCAUUUUAGUGUGCUACAUUCGUGCUAGUGUUUUAUCAUGCUUUUGUUGUUUCAUAUUGAGACAUGGAAUAAGUGAUUGAUAUAUCUUUUAAGACAUUGAUUGAUUUUCCCAUGGGAUAUAUUGAGUUAAGUGACUGAUAUUUGCCAUGAGACAUUCAUUAAGUGGUUGAGUUUUCGCAUGACAUAUUGACUUAGUGAUUGAUUUUUCACAAAUAAAUUUAGUGAUUGAUUUUCCCAUGAGAUGAUAUGAUUUAAGUGAUUGAUAUUUACCAUGAAACAUUCAUUAAGUGGUUGAGUUUUCGCAUGAGACAUUGAUUAAGUGAUGAUUUUUCCAUGAGGAUGAAUUAAGUGAUUGAUUUUUCCCACGAGAUAUAAGACUCUGCUGGAGCAAGAUAUUGUUUUUUUCUCUUAUGUGAAUUACAAUUAUGAUAUUUCAGCUAUCAAAUAUAAUUAAAUGUAUGAUUCUUGUGGGAGGUUACAAGCGGAGUAUGAAUAUGAUAUUAAGGAUCUAUUCAUCAUUUCAAAAUAGCUCGAAAACUAAAAACCUUUUUUCGUGUUUUGUGAGGAUAAGUAUUAAGUAUUACAGUGUUGUUUUUCUUCUAUUUGUAGAUAAAUGAAAUUCGUAGUUGUGAUGAAAGAGACGCUUUUAUGAAUUAUUCCAAUAAAAGACUUUGCUGGUCAUUGUAUAUAUGCUUAAUGUUGCAUUUGUGGCAAUCCAUGAUUUGCAAUACAGGAUUUUUUUACCAAAGUUUUUUUUUUUAAAUUACCCUUUCUACAAUUAUUUUGAUUUUUUUAUGGCAACCCCACAUCAAUUUUGAAUUAUUCAAAUGGUUUAAAGUGUAGAGAGAGAAUAUAUGAAAAUUAUACCAUAAAUUGAUAUUACAAAAAAGCAUUUUUGGCCCUGAUAGAUCGCUAAAUUUUCCAAAUCGAGGCUUCCGACUCUGUGCUGAAAGUCCCAUGCUUCAACACAUAUGAACUCUUGUUUCUAGUGGCAUUGAGUUUAAUGUAAUGCAUUUAACUAUAAUUAAUGUAAACAGUUCGCGUGCAGAGAAUAACAAGUCGGCGGGGCAUAUGAGAUAUUAUGUUAUAUAAUUAUUGUGUUUCUAAGGAGGAAAAAACAAGUGCAGGUCUGGUAUAGUGGAACUCAUUAAACAUUAGUUUAAAGAAGAAUAUUGUUAAAAGAGUGAUUAUAAAGUGAGGUGUUAAAUUUUGAUGGUAGCUGUAUUGAAUGUUCAUGUAUUAUGUAAUAAUGUAAAUGUGACACUGGUUCUAUUUAUAUAAAUUAUGUCCAUUUCCUAUUUUGUUGACAAUAUUAUUCAUUCCAUGUUAGUGUGCAAUAUGUCGUGCUAUUUUUAUUUUUUUGAACAUGAUAUCUAUUUCUGCGAGGGGUUGAAAGUUUGGCUUUGUAUAAUUCUUUUCAUGGGUGAAGCAAUACUUCAAGACACAGACCAGACUCAGAGCUUAGAAGGAGUUAUCUCCCAUCUUGCGAUUUCACCAUUCCUUAAAGCUUUAAAAAUAUUCUUGUUUUAGAUUCAUCUUUAACUUAAACUUCAUCAUAGUUAAGCCAAGAUUAAUCAAUUAUAAUAGUUAUCUCAGAAAAAAUCUUUGGAAACCUAAGGUGCUAUAUUUUACUACACUUACAGCAUAGCUAAAAGUUGUUGGAAUAUUUAUAAACUCUCUUUUUUAAGGAGACAAAAUCAACUUUGUUUAAACAUCAAUAUGUUUCAAACCAGUGUUCAGAUUAUUGACGACUUUGGUGCCGUUUUGAUUAUAACUUAUUUAAGUGAUUGUGUAGGAAGAUUAAGGUUGAAAAAAAAAUCGAAUAAAAACUUAAUCAGAAGUACAAAUUUUGAAUUUCAGACUGUAAUCUUGUAAUAUUAUGGAAGAAAAUAUGAAAGUUGCCAUUUUCUGUGAUAAAUUUUACAUGUAUGUGUAAAGUAUGUUCUAUGAUAACACAAAUUUAAAAUUUACAACAAAUUAUUUUUUUCGUAAAAUUUUAUCAAGAUAAUAUGAAAUUAUAUCUAUGCCAUUUCAGGGAAAAAAGAGAUAAAUUCAAACAUGAGAAACCUUAACAAUUUCCUUGUAGUAAUAGUUCUAAACUUUCAAUUUCAAAAUUUUCUUAAGACUGCGAUGCUCAUUUAAAAAUAUAUGAUAAUCUGUCAUUAUUUGUGAUGAAUCCGUGAUUGUUGCUCGGAAGGAUUUGUCCGUAGAAUUAUGUAUUAUACUCGUUACUGUGUGAAUGGAAUUGAUAUCAGAUAUUGAAAUAAAUGCAUACAUGUACAUCAUCGCCUGUCCAUUUUGCUGCAUUUUAUGCCCAUACAAAAUUGUUAUACAUGUAAUUAUAAGGUCAUGGAUUUUUCGAGGGAAAACACCGACGUAUUGUCAUAGCAUUGAUGUUGAAAAUAUACACAUGUAUAACUUGUCCCAUAACUCUGGUUUUAAUGAUGUGAGAGUUACCCCCCUUGUUCGACUAUUGGAAAUGGAUGAGCGCGGUCAAUUUUUCUAGUAUUUAUUAUUUCAAAUACAUUUCUUUGUUGACAGUACCAUUCCAGUGUGUUACAUUUAUCAGCUUGAAUCAUGACUUUGGCAGAAUGACGAACGUCAUUUACAUACAUUUGAAUGUUCAAUCAUGAAUCCUAAUAUAACAAUUACUUUGUAAAUGUUGUACAUGUAUAUGCUUUAAGUGUUUUCACUUUGUGUACAAAUGUUAUUACUGAGUCUAAGUUUUCAUAUAUUAUGCGUGUAACUUUUUUCAUAAACUAUAAAGGAAUGUAGCUUAUUUACAAUGAAAUUAUUGAAUAAUUAGUUCAAUGAUGUUUAAUAGAUUUUCGAUCAUUCCUCUUUUAAAAAAUUAAGUUUGUAAAAGUGUACCCCCAAAUAGCUAUAGAUCUAUACGAGUCAUUAAUUAUUAUAUAUGUUAAAAGAAUACUAUUUCCUUCUCUUUGUUAAAAAUAUUAGCUUAAAUUGUUGUGAUAUUUUGUAUAUUAUUUGUAUGUUAAUUUGCUGUUUGUUACUUGAAUUAGAAAGAAAGGACUUCCCAAUACAUACAUCAUCAAAUUCUGUAUAAAAAUAAGCUGGCUCCUAUUACAUGUUUCAUAAACUAUCGUUAAUCGCUUAAGGAUGUAAAUUGACGUAUCUCAUAGCCGCGUGUUCAUUUAAUUCAUCCUUAGGUUUUGUGCAAUAAAUCAUGUGCCAUUCUAUUAACUCAUCUGUUUUUCAAGGAAAAACAGUCAAAGUAUUGGAUAGCGUUGGUGUUGGCAUCGUUGUUCAAAUUUUUUAACCUCAGUCAUAACUCAAAAACAGUUCCAGAUUUCAAAUAGAACUUUUUGUACACAUGUUGCGAAAAGAGACAAACAUACAUGAAUACGAAGGCCUGUAACUGUGGCUUUAAUUCAUUAUUGAGUUUUAUAAUGCCCCUUGUUAGACUGAAAUGAAAACAGACAAGCGAUGACGUUAGCUCUACGGCCAUUUUAUUCAAAUAGCGAAACAUGGACCCUUCAGAUAUGAUUCAAAGCUACAGUGUUCAAACUCAUUUUCAUCUCUCUAUUGGAUCUAUAAAUGCUAGUAUAAAUAUGAUUCAAUUCAAUUCAAUUGAUGAUUAUAUGAUGUUGUCUAAAGAAUAAUGCUUUGGUUCCUUUUUUGGCUUAAAAUUCUUUUCUCACUAACAAUACAUUUCCAAAAACACAAGGACCAUCUUCUCCGCGAGCGUGUGACAAAAUAUCAUUUGAUCAAGAAAUCCAAUUGAAUUAAGAAUGAGAUAGGUCUAGUGGUAUAGGUCUCCGUCUCUCACCCAGGAGGUUGUGGGUUCGAUCCCCAUCAGGGGUACUCUCUCAUGGCUUCUCAAAAAGGAUACAGUACUGGUUUCCGCCCAGGAAACGGACUCGAAAGUGGUCUUAUAACUAUCAGCUUUCGUCUCAAUCGAGCUAAAAUAAAUGAAUAUAAACCAAUUGAAUACUUUACUUAACCCUUUCCUUCUAGAGAAAUGGCCACAUCAGCUCCCCUUGUUAUAUAACUUUAUGGUAAAAGAGUGAUUCGGUGAGGCUUUGGACAAAGGAGUGUGUAUAUUUAUGAAGGAAUGGGUUAUAGAAGGUGCAAAAAAAUCAAAUAAACAUGUUAACUUUUUCAAUUAGAUGAUUUGUUCUGAUAGUAUAUCUCAAAGCAACUUGGAUUAAUUUUUUCGCAAAAUCCAUUAUAAGUCUGAUAUAUUUGUUGGCAAGAUGGCCGCUGUGUGCUUGAAUGGACAAACAGAUACAUUAACAUUGAUGUAAAACAUUAUAAUUCCAUCUCUUAUCUUCUAUUUAAACUUGAAAGAAAAAGGGAAGACAACUUUUUUUAAUUGUUUCUUACAUUAUUGUAUUCUAUCAUAUUUUAUUUUUAUCAUUUUGUUGAUUUAAAAAAAAACCUAUAAUGAUUAGACUUGUAAACUGUUAUAUGAAGCAAACCUAGCUGUUAUAUUUUAUUUACACAAUGUUUAGUAAGAGGCCCAUAGUUUGUAUUAAAGAAAUAUCUUAAGUAAACCUUGUACCUUUUUUCCAUAACUGUUUUCUUAUUCCACUUGUAACAUUUGUUAUUCUUGGCAUAUAUUUUGCAAUAAGAAUAUUGAAAAUUAAUAUUUUAAGCAUUAGUUUCUUCAAGAAAUCUGGUAUAUAAUAAGAAAUAUACAAUUCAAAAUUUUACACUUAAGUGAAAAGAUGUUUUAAAUUUUCGUAAGAUGCUAUCGAAAUGUGACCUGGACUUCUUCUCUACAAAUGCUACAAUGCCUUGCUAUUUUAGUUUUAUUUCUUGCCAAAAUCUAUUUAUGUGCUAGAAUUUAUGUUUGUAUUUUGAGUUUCGUUUGUUUACCGGUACUUGAUUUUGUUAUUUUGUUAUAUUAUUAUAUAUAUUGCUAGAAAAAGUCUGGUUAACUUUGACAUAUGGAAGUAGCCGACUUUUAUAAAACCGUGCAAUACAUAUACAGUUCAAACAAACAAGACUGAAAUAUGUCUUUAUUAUAAUAAUUAAGACAACAGAAUGCUUUAUGAAAUAUGCUCACCUUUUUUAUUGAUUUUUUUUUUUAUCUCAUUUGUUUUUUUAAAGAGAAAAUGUUGAGGAUAAUUGUAAUUGCUUUGGUGUCGUUGAUGACGUUGAGACCACAGCUAAAUUUUUUAUAGAAGAUAUUAAACGAAACUUGGUACACUUGUUACAACAAAUAAAACAUGCAAGUACAGCAUGGCCCAUAACUCUUAAAUAAAUGUUGAGUGAUUCCCCUUUCUUCGAAUAAACCAUUGACAAACAAACAUAGGCAUUCCCUCUGCGACAUUCUUUUUAAUUUGAAAUCGCCAUUUACCAACAUAUACUGUUAAUAUAUGAUUAACAGAGCUGCUUGUUUUUGAAUGCCGUGCUAGCUGGGGGUUUUAAUGAUUUUUGACUGAUAAUAUGAAAAGCAAGCAAAAAUACCUGGAUUCUUGCAUAAGAUUAUGAGACUGAAAUAAUAAGAUCAAUAUACAAUAGAUCUAUGUCUAUUUGUUUGAGGAAAUCAACUGUUAUCUGAACAAAUACUUUCAAGAUUAAAAUUGCAAACUGGGAUGUUUUUAUGACAAGAAAGUAUCUCAAUGUUUUCAUUUUCAAAUCAAUAAUUGUUCAUAUAUUGGAUUAUAAGCUCAUAGACUUUUGAAGAAAAUAGCCGAAGUAUUGUGCUUGUUGGCAUGCAAAAUAACUAACUUUUGGCCAUUAUUAUAAAAAAUGUUAAAUGUAAUCAAUAAAUGAACAUAGUAUACAUAUAAUCAUGUGGCCAGAGAGAAUAUGUGUGUGUGUAGCAAGGCCCAUAACUCUUGCUUUGAUAAUAGUUGAGUUAUGCCCCUUUUCAACUGAAAAACAACAACAACAGACGAGACUUGGCAUUCGUUUGCGGUGCUCUUGAUUAUAUUUCAGUUUAGAAAUCCAUGUUAACGCUGUUUAUUGUGUGAUAACUUGAGACUAGCAAGCUUAAAAAUCUGGAUACUUGCUUAAAGCGACUGAAUGAAUGAUCAAUACACGUUUUGUAUCGGUGAAGGUGCACUGAACAGUUUAUAAUCUUCAAUUGGUUGAACUUGCUUGGUGUGUUUUAGCUUAACGCUUGAUCAAAGAAUGAAUAGCUGCAAGUAUAUUUUUUUUAAAUUGUAUAUAUCUAAGGAAUAAGUUGUAUCUAACUAACAUUGGUACCGGAUUUAUUUAUGAAGAAAUAAUAUUACUGCUUUUAACAUGUUCUAAUAAUUAUAGUCUAUAAACUUGUGUAUUUCAUACAGGGUAUGGGGUCGAAUAUAUAUA